AUGGCUUCCAACGAACUCAACGCCGCCUCCCUGUUCAACGUCGACGGUCUUGUCGCGGUCGUGACAGGAGGAGCUACAGGCAUUGGCCUUAUGCUGGUGAAAGCUCUGCUCCAAAACGGCACUGCGAAGGUGUACAUCGCCGGUAGAAGAAAAGAGAAGUUGGAUGAGGUAGCAAACUCUCUGGGUGAGAGAGUCGUUGGAGUUCAAUGCGACGUCACCUCCAAAUCCGAUCUUCAGCGCAUUGCAACCCAGAUAGAAAAAGAAACUGGGUACAUCAACCUCUUGGUAUGCAACUCUGGUAUUGGAGGGCCCCAGGUCAUCCCUCUUACUCCCGAAACCAGUUUGGAGGACUGGGCUAAGUCUAACUUCGACACUGACUUUGAUGCCUACGUGAACACCUUUGCUAUCAACACAGCGUCCGUGUGGUACACCAGUAUGGCGUUCCUGGGGCUGUUGAAGAAGGGCAACGAGAAGGGUAAUGUUGAGCAAACCUCGCAAAUCAUCGUUACCAGCUCGAUCGCUGCGUUUAACAAGAAAGCUCCCGGUGGCUGGGCUUACGGCCAGUCCAAGGCGGCAGCAGUUUCAGCAGCUAAGCAACUUGCAGUGGCUCUUCCUCAAUGGAACAUUAGGGCCAACUGCAUUGCUCCAGGUCUAUUCCCUAGCGAAAUGUCUGAGCCAAUUGUCAAGCUGUACACUGACGACUCGGGGCAACCUGGCGCAAUCCCGACAUCGAUGGUACCGCUUCGCAGAAUGGGAGAUGAAAAGGACAUGUCAGGGAGUUUUCUCUAUCUCGCCUCUCGAGCGGGUGGAUACUGUAAUGGUACGGUCAUAGUGGUUGACGGAGGUCGACUGAACAACUUUCCUACUACAAACUAG